GAGGUGCUCUGCAAGGACGAAGUGGUCCACUUCCUGCUGAGCUGCGUGCGGAACAGGUUCGUGCUGUGGGCCAAGGUGCUUAACCUCAAGGAGGAGCUCUGCGCCGGCAGCGCGCAGUGGGACCGGGCGUUCCGGGCACACACGGCCAGGUGCGCGGCUUGCGCCACGGUGGAUAUGCGACCGCAGCAGGCCCAGAAGGAGCCAGAGGCGCCGCCGCCCAGGUCGCGGCGCCCGGUGCCCUUCGCGCUGGAGCUGCUGGCCCUCCUGGGCGUGGCCCUGCCCUGCCUCGCCCUCGGCCAGGGCCACGGCUGCGCGCUGCGCGGGUGGCUGGCCCUCGGCGGCCUCCUGCUGUGCUCGCCGCUCCUCCUCCUCGGCGCCCUCUGGCGGUGGCGGCGGGAGCAGCUGCUCUGGCGGCUGGUGGCCGGCAGGUACGCGGUCGGCGCCAAGGCUGCCAGGGCCCCGUGGGCGUGGGCGCCGACGCGCGAGCUGCACGAGCUCCAGGCGCCAGACGGCCCACAGCAGUUGCCGGGCCCCACGUCCUUCGGCCAUUGGUGGUGCUACAGGCGGGCCACCGCGUCCACCAACGAGAGCGCUGGGGAGACGGUCUUCCGCGCGCGGGUGGAGCGGGCGAAGGGCCCGCGGGACCUCAGCGUCUCGUGCGACUCGAUGCGCCUGGACGGCAGCGCGGCCAGCUUCGCCAUGGACGGCCCCAGAGGUGUGAUCCAGGGCCUGCCGCGCACAGCAACCUUCGACGGGAACGCCAUCUGCUGGGCGGCAGCUGCUGCCAGUCAGACGCCCAACGUGUGGGUCAAGGGGGGGAUUUUCCGCCUGGAGUGGAUCGCCAAGCUGUGCAUAUGCCUCGCUGGCCUCGGCCUGCUCACGAUCGCCCUGGCAGCUGCCAUCGAGCCGGGCAUCAGCUUGCGCUGCUUCCCAGCGACGCCGAUAGUUACAGAGCUCCACAGCCCGAUGAACGCCGUCUUCUUGUUGGAUGCUUCUGGCUCGAUCACGGCCUCAUGGGAGCUCGAGAAGGAAACCGCGGCACAGAUCAUCGAUGCUUUCGACAGCGGAAUGGCUGGCACUCUCCGUGUCGGUGCCACACAGUUCUCUGACUCGGCGACCGUAGAAGUGCCCCUCACUAGCGACGUUUCGAGCGCGACCAACGAGAUCCAUAGCAUAGUCCAGAAGCAAAAAGCCGGGACUAAUUUCGAGGAGGCCUUGCGUGCUUGCCAGGCUCAGUUGGAUAGCACCAGCAGCAGCGUGACGGACACGCCAGUUCUCCCUACUUGUGGCCGCAAGGGCCAAGAGGACGGGGACUUUCAACUCAGGAUCGUCAAUGGCGAGCAGGCUUCGCAGUGCGAAUGGGGCUGGCAGGUCAGUCUGCGCAAGUCCUGGGGUGCCCACUACUGUGGAGGGACGCUGAUCUCUGACAAGUGGGUGCUCACAGCCGCGCACUGCGAAUGGGCCCCUGGCGACUACGUCGUCGUCGGUGAUUUCGACAAAGACUCCGACACGGACGCCUCUGCGCAGAGCGUCGAUGUCGUGCGGGCCGUGACUCACCCGCAAUGGGUGGACGAGCCGCUGCCGACCUACGACUUCGAGCUGCUGGAGCUCGCGGAGCCAGUGGCGCUUGGCGGCUGCGUGACCGCCGCGUGCCUUCCGUCGGGCGAGGUGCCCGUGGGGACGAAGUGCGUGACCACAGGCUGGGGCACGCUCUACACCGACGGGCCGUCGCCCGCCGCCCUGCAGGAGGCGCCAGUGGAGGUCCUGGACUCGCAGGCGCAGUGCAGCGUAGCCUACUACGGCAUCCCGGGCGCGAUGGGCGGCGAGAUGAUGUGCGCGCAGGGCCGCAGCCCCUCCACGGGGGACGUCACCGACGCCUGCCAGGGCGACAGCGGCGGCCCGCUGGCGUGUCAGAGCACGAGCGGCCAGUGGGUGCUGCACGGCGUCACCUCGUUCGGCGGCGAGUGUGCCGACCCCGACGUCCCCGGCGUGUGGGCCAGAGUGAGCGAGGUCACGGAUUGGAUCCAGGGCGUCACCGACGUCCCGGACGAUGAUCUCGUGGCGAUGGACGCCCCUUUUCUUGCGCCCACGGAGGAUACCACCAGUCGAGCGCUCGACCUCUGCGUGCUCAUCACGGACGGGCAGGCAACGUCGGGGGAGACGGAUCCAGAGAAGUUGCGGGAGAUGGUUGCGAGCAGCACUCGCAUCCUCGGUAUCUACGUGGGGUCCAACAGCGUGAGCCAGGAGGCCCUCAGGGCGAUCACGUCCUGCGCGGACUCGCGGGAUGACAGCUGCCCCUUCUUCGCCUCCGCCUCCGACUUCGCGGAGGUGCAGAGCAAGGCCGCCGCCCUGGUCGCAGGCCUGACCGCGCUCCUGGGCUCCGAGGAGGAGCGGGCACCCGACGAGGGCGGGCCCGAGCCGCCGCUCUGGGCGCUGUGCGGCCUGCUGGCCCCGCUGCCCGCCCUCGCGUGGUGGUGCUACCUGCACUGGCGGCCCCGGGGCGCCGCGCCUCCCGCCGCCGCCGCCGCGGCGCCCGCGCGCAGGGACCCCGCGAGGCUGCGGGCCGCCGGCCGCAACAGCAGCCCGGGGGGCGGGGGGAAGCCGGCCGCCCGCGGGCCGGCGGGCGCUGUCCUACCCGUCGCGAGCGCGGUCUGAGCUCGGCGCGGUCGAUACAGCAUUGCAGUCAGUUGUGUGUCAGUGUCACAUGUACACUUGCGGACUUCAUAUGCCUCAGCCAUUUCAGUCAAGAGCUGUCCUGGAGAGGCCCUGGGGCCGAAAGCUAGACAGAGACAAAAUCUGCCUUGCUGGGACAAGCGUCCCAGUCUGCUUGCUUCCGCCUGUCGAAUGGAAGGCCAGGUAGGCCACGCUGGCCCAGUGUACAGCACGCACGGCGUGCGUACAGCACAGACACUGGGGAUGGCCUCAGCAGGCCCUCACCUGCAAUGUUUUCAAUGCUUGGCAACUGCUGCCCGUGCACAUGGCUGCCGAGCUGGCAGUGCAGGUAUUGCCAUCUGAAGGUAUGGUUGACGUAGCGUCGAGAUUUACAGUGGGGCAGUCUGCUGCGCCUGUUGCACGCCAUGUCAUCAGAGCAGCCAUAAUUAACUUUUGAUUGACAACGUCUUGAACGGCGACCCCAUGACCUUGCUUCCAUGGCAACGUCGUGCCAGCAUGACAGGGUCCGCAGCGCAUGCGGUUGCAAAGAGCUGGUUCACAAGGAAAUCGGCCAAUCGCAGCCACAAUAAGCACCAGCUGCGGCGACAUUCGUGAUCGAGUUGCUACUCCGCGACGGCUCUCCGCGCAUGCAUGCGGAGAGCAGCGCGAACCUUACAGCCAGCGCCAGAGGAAGACGCAGGGAGUUGCCUCCCCCAUCUCCCCCUCCUCUGUUGCCCUCCUCGCCGCAGGGUGCUCUCCCAGCUCGGACCGAACGUG